AUGGUGGCAGUAGCAAUAGGAAAAAGCCUCCCCAUUCAGCCCCGUCCUUUAUUCAACAGUAAAAGCAUAGAUCGAGCUUCAUCAGCAGGAAGAUUCUCUUGGCUUGGGCAUGGUUCUGCUGUCACUCCACAUUAUAGACAAACUUGUGUAGCAGCGCAACAGCGACCUACAUGGCUCCCAGGACUUGAUCCUCCGCCUUAUCUUGAUGGAACUCUCGCUGGAGAUUUUGGAUUCGACCCACUUGGGCUUGCAGAGGAUCCUGGAAACUUAAGGUGGUAUGUGCAGGCAGAGCUGGUUCAUUCUCGCUUUGCAAUGCUUGGGGUCUUGGGAAUUCUAGUGACAGAUCUGCUUCGCGUCACAGGAAUUAGUAAGAUACCAGUUUGGUUUGAAGCUGGUGCAGUAAAAUACGACCUUGCCAAUACAGAGACACUUUUCAUUGUUCAACUACUUCUGAUGGGGUUUGCCGAAACAAAAAGGUACAUGGAUUUUGUUAGUCCUGGAUCUCAAGCGAAAGAGGGGUCCUUCUUUGGGUUGGAAGCUUCAUUCGAAGGCUUAGAGCCAGGGUACCCAGGGGGACCUCUGCUUAAUCCUCUUGGCCUAGCUAAAGACAUUAAAAACGCUCAUGACUGGAAGCUUAAAGAGAUUAAAAAUGGGCGACUUGCAAUGAUAGCAAUGCUUGGCAUCUUUGUACAAGCUUCGGUGACUCAUGUUGGACCAAUUGAUAACCUUGUGGAGCACGUUUCCAAUCCAUGGCAUAAAACUAUUAUUCAGACCUUUGCCAGUUCUGGUUCUUAG